ACCUUUGAUGAGAUUACACAGAUUAGACGACUUUAAAAGGCAGCAGCCAGACUGAGCAAAGUAUACCUCAAUCGAGACUACAACAGUGCACAGCAGCAGCAGCAAGCAAACUAAACCGUAAACAGUCGCAAUGGCAGACGUCGCAGCUCCAGCCAACACAAAGGCUCCCCCCAAGUUCAAGCAGAGGGCCAUGCGCACAUUCAAGAGCAAGGCCCCCAAACCAGGCCAGAAGGGAUUCGGAGACGACAUCCCCGGCAUGGAGGGUCUGGGCACUGACAUCACAGUGGUCUGCCCAUGGGAGGCUUUCGGAGAUAUGGAGCUGAGUGAUCUGGCCAAAUACGGAAUCGUCUAG